AUGUCUUCCUCGUCCAUAAAACCAAACAACAAGAAGAAAAAGUUGGAGUCAGGAGGAGUUUCGAUGGACCACGUCAAUCAUAUAAGGGAGUACUUUCGCUCGAAAGAGUUCUCUGAUUUGUUGGACAAGGCGGUCGACCGUGCUAUCGAGAAGAAUCUGGCCACAUUGGAUAAGCUUUCGGAGUCGUCGAAAGUCGUAAUCCAGCAACUCGAAGUGGAACUGUUGAAGCAGCAGAAUAAGUUAAAGGAAAUCGAGGGGACUAUUCAGAAGUCGAGGAAAGGCGGCGAAGAAGAGGAUCCCGCGGAAGCCAAAGAACGGAGAAGAUCGGUGGUGCUGCUGAACAUCCCGGAAUCAAAGUCUUAUUUUCAGCACGAAAGAAACAUGUUAGAUGUCACCUCGGUCAACAUCCUCCUUCGUCACCUGAAUUUGGGAUGUCAGCCGAUGGCACUUUACAGAAUGGGCAAGGAAAGAUCCGAUGGAAAACCGCGUCUUCUCAAGUUAGUUUUGGCGAGCAGCCAAAUGCAGAGGGAAUUGCUGAAAGUCGCUCCACAGCUCAAGUCAUUUGAUACUAGAGGUCAUCCCCCGGUCUACAUUCGCAGAAGUAUGAGCAAGCAGGAGUUGGAAGAGUUUCGAGAGGAAAGGAAGAAAAUUAAACAGUCGCAAGUUAUCCCAAGUAGUGCAAAUUCGGAAGAAAUGAUAAUUGACCCCCCCGCUAGUUCUUCUGUUAACGUGACCCCAGCUCCAAAAAACUAA